AUGCGUUCGAAGGAGGGAACGAGAAGGAGGAGAGGAGCGGAGAGAGGAAGUGGAGAGGAUGAGAAAGGGAAGCAGUUGGAAAAGGUGCAAGGCAGGGAGUUUGUGACAGGGAAGAUGGGCCAACCCCACCUCUCUCCUCCCUCCCCUCUUUCCUCGCCCCCAUCUCUCUCCACCCCCCUCUCUCCUCACUCCCCUCUCUUCCCACUCCCCUCUUUCCUCGCCCCCCUCUCUCUCCACCCCACUCUCUCCUCUUCUCACUCUCCUCUUUCCACGCCCCCCUCUCUCUCCUCACUCCCCUCUCUUCUCACUCCCCUCUUUCCUCGCCCCCCUCUCUCUCCACCCCCCUCUCUCCUCACGCCCCUCUCUUCUCACUCCCAAUUUCCUCGCCCCCCUUGCUUCCCACCCCCCCUUUUCCCCACCCCCUCUCUCCCCACGGACCCCUGUCCAGCAAACAGCAGGUUACACUCCUCCCCUCCCGUCUCCCCUCCGCCUCACCUUCUCGCCUCCCGACCCUCGCCUGCUCUUCCUCGUCGCUGCCCACACCUUGUUGUCCCCGACGUCAAACAGCAGCGCCGACUCGCCGCCGCGUCUCCUCACGCCCCUCUCCUCACGAACCCGUGUUCAUCAAACACCAGCUUAGACCCCAACCCCCCUUUCACCUUCUCUCCUCCCUUGCUGCCCUCACCUUGUCGUCCCCGACAUCAAACAGCAGUUCCGACUGUAUCAAUCGCCGCCGCGUCUCCUCAUUUCCCCCCACACCAUCGUUCCCCACGCCAUCGUCCCCCGCCCUAUCCCCCCCCACGCCAUUGA